AUGGAUGAAUGUAAACCUGUCAAGACUCCAGGAAUAUUGGGUGAAAAUCUUGAUGACAUAGCAUCUUCGCCACCUGUGUCGAAGACAAAAUAUCGAGAAGCAUUAGGUUCAUUGAUGUACUUAGCAACAGACACAAAGCCAGACUUAGCUUUUGCAAUAAGUAAUUUGUCAAGAUAUAAUCAAGAUCCCGGAGAGAAACACUGGAAAGCUGUAAAGAGGAUAUUUAGAUAUCUUAAAGGAACACAAAAUGCUUGUUUAGUAUAUACGUCAGAUAGUGGGAAAUUAAAUGCUACAUCAGGAUGCAAGUUGGUGUACCACUGA